CACUGAUCACUUUGAUUUGAUGAGCGCUAGGCUUAUACGCGUGGGCAAAAAUGUCGCUCACCUGUGCAAUUUCCAAUGAAACGCCGGAAAAUCCAGUGAUAUCGCCAGUGUCGGGGGCUGUUUUCGAGAAACGGCUGAUCGAGAAAUACGUCGAAGAGUUUGGCACUGAUCCAGUCAAUGGAAAAGAGUUGAGCAUUGACAAGCUCAUUGAGCUCAAAGUACAGCCGGUUACAAGGCCAAAACCACCAAGUGCCACCUCUAUACCAGCUAUUUUGAAAAUCCUUCAAGACGAGUGGGAUGCCGUGAUGUUGCAUUCGUUUACUUUGAGGCAGCAACUGCAAACUGCCAGGCAAGAACUUUCACAUGCUCUGUACCAGUAUGAUGCUGCCUGCAGAGUUAUUGCCAGAUUAACAAAGGAAGUGACGGCUGCACGAGAGGCUUUAGCUACAUUGAAACCACAGGCUGGUAUUGCUCAGCCUGCUGUUCCUCAACCUGCAAUAGCUGCAGAAGCAGCAGGUGUUGCUAUGCAACCUAACGAACAGGCUGGAAUGACAGACGAUAUCAUUCAGCAGCUGCAGGAAAAAGCAACGGUUCUUACACAAGAAAGAAAGCGCCGUGGAAGAUCUGUUCCAGAAGAUUUACAGACCCAGGAUAACAUAAGGCAAUUCCAUACAUGUGCAUCGCAUUCAGGUCUUCAUUCUGCUAGUGUGCCUGGCAUUUUGGCACUUGAUAUUCAAGCAUCUGAUACUAGUAAAUUAUUAACCGGAGGAGCAGACAAAAAUGCAACGGUAUUCAAUAAAGAUACUGAGCAAGUGAUUGCUGUGCUGAAAGGUCACACAAAGAAGGUCACUAAAGUUGUGUAUCAUCCAAAUGAAGAUGUAGUAAUGACUGCAUCACCCGACACAUCGAUACGCAUUUGGAAUGUUCAAAAAGGUCAAACAACUCUUUACUUGAGAGCUCACGACGCAAAUGUUACUGGAUUAUCAUUACAUCCUACAGGGGAUUAUUUGUUGAGUUCAUCUCUCGAUCAUUAUUGGGCAUUCUCAGACAUACGUACCGGAAGAUUAUUGACAAAAAUUGCUGGGCCUAACAGCCAGCCUCUAACUACGGCGCAGUUUCAUCCCGAUGGACUUAUCUUUGGAACAGGAACAGCAGAUUCUCAAGUUAAAAUUUGGGAUCUAAAAGAACAAUCCAAUGUAGCGAAUUUCCCUGGCCACUCAGGGCACAUCACUACUAUUAGUUUCUCAGAAAACGGAUACUACUUGGCAACAGCUGCUGAAGAUUCGUGCGUCAAGCUUUGGGAUUUACGUAAACUGAGAAACUUCAAGACCUUACAAUUGGACGAGAACUAUGAAGUAAAAGAUAUCUGCUUUGAUCAAAGUGGUACCUAUCUUGCAGUAGCGGGAACUGAUGUUAGGAUUUACCUGUGUAAAAUGUGGAACGAACUGAAAGUGAUGAAUGAGCACACAGCACUUGCAACUGGUGUGAGAUUCGGUAAAAAUGCUCAUUAUCUCGCGUCCACAAGUAUGGAUCGCACGCUGAAGUUGUACAGAGUACCAGACUCAUAGUUAAUUGUAUAUUAAUGAUAAUUUUUUAUAUAAAUGUAAUCAUACUGUCCCAUGCAUCAGUUUGAUGGAUAAAUUAAGAUUGGAACUUUCGUUGUGAAUUCAUGAGUGUCUCGUUAAUAGGUGUGAUUGAGGUGCUUAGUAAUUUUAUCGCUUCAAAAGUUCAUUGAUCAAAUUUACGAUAGUUAAGUGCAUACAGGAUUGUCCUUAAAAUAUUCACAUUAAUGAAAUUCAUUAAAAAGUUGACGUACAGUAAAUAAAACGAAAAUAUUUUAUAACAAUUUUAUAAACAUA